AUGAUUUAAUAUUCAAGGUUAAUAAGAAAAUUUCAAAAAUAUGAAAAGAUCUAUCAAAAAUAUAAUUUUAUUCGCUACUACUACAUCUUCACUUGCAACUAUAGGGACUUAUUGGCUUUAUUCUAAUCAUCAACGUGAUAUCAAAACAAAAUUUAUUAUUAAAAAUAUAUUUGAUAAACUGAAUCUAAAUUUUUCAACUGUGCAUGCUAGGAAAAAUACAAUUGUAUCUACAGAUGAAAAUAUUUCUUAUUACCCUCCUGGAAAAAUUAAGCCUGAUCCCAAAGCUGCCCAUAUUCCCAAAUUAGAAGAUUUAAAUUUAGUCAAUGUACAAGUGUUUUAUAGGCAUGGUGCUAGAACUCCUCUUAAAAGGUUACCUGGGCUUUUAGGAGAACUUGAGUGGAAUGCUCAUGAAUUAUUUAAAAAUAGUUCUUCAUAUACAUCUGUUCCAUGUAAAUGGCUUAAUUUUAUGGGUCAAUUUGUUAGUGAAUCAGAUGAAGAUAAAGCUAACCAAAAAAUUGUCUUUAAUGGAGGUGCAUCAGCUGGAUUAUUAACUACGUUAGGCCAUGAACAAAUAUACGAAUUAGGGACGAGGUUAAAGAAUGACUAUAUUUUAACAAAAGAAUUUGUUAAACCUCAUUUCAAUUGCAAUGAAGUAUACGCCAGGUGCACCAAUAUAAAUCGCAUGAAGUGCUCUAGCCACGGAUUAAUCAGCUCCAUGUUUCAUGUCCCCGUCAAAAUUCACGACGAUGAUUCGAAGGAGGUCGUGAUCGCCAUAGAAGAAUUGAACAGGGAAUUCAUGUUCCCCAACCCUAGAAUAUGCCCGCCUCUCAUAGAAGUCAUGAACGCUUACCUACAAGCCAUGAACUCUAUUCCGCAAUACUUGGCCGAUUUGGAGGCCCUCAAGAAACUUACCAAUAUCGACAAGGAUACCAAGCUAACUGUCACCGAAAUUUACGAUACCAUGAAGGCAGCUGAUGCUCACGGUAUUCCUAGACCGUUGCCCUUGUUAGUCGAAUGGGAUUCGUGGAUGGAGAAAUUCGAAAGGUACGUCCAUCAAAGCUACAACAUGCUAUUAAACCUCGAUAAACACACAUUUAGGCAUGGAUUGAGAUGGUCUAUUGGACCUGUAUUAGACACCAUUCUAGCUAACAUGAGGAGCGCACUCACCUGCUCUGGGUUCUACAAAAUGGAACUAUACGCUAUUCACGAUUCCACGCUAAAUCCACUUUUAAUGGUGUUGGGAAAUUUUAGAUCUUGGGUUCCCUUCGCGGCAGAUUUGAUCUUCGAAGUUUAUCGGGACACUAAAAGUCAUGAGUGGGUUCGGAUUUUAUAUUUGGGAAAGCCCCUAAUUUUGCCUGGAGCUGAAAAUGAAAUUUGUUCUAUGGCUCACUUCAUCAACGUAACUGGUAGGAUGGCGGCGCCUUUUGAAACAUUUUGUUCCGAAAAGCAUGGUCCUGUCCCGGAAAUCAAAUUCAAGCAGAGCUCCUUCAUCGGAAUAUAAAUUUUUAUUUCACAAAAAAAUUGCCUUUCAAAAUAAAAAUUAGUUGCAAUUUUAUAACCAAUAGAACGAAAAAAAAUAAAAUAAAUACUCUUUCUACAAAAAAAUAGUAGAUGAUCAAGCACCCUAAUCGUAUUAUAUUAAAAAUCACAAAAUAUGUAUCCCGAUACCAAAAAAAAUAAUUACAUUUUUACAAUUUAAUCCCCUUUUUUUUAACAAAAAAAAAUUAUUACAUUUGUCAUUGCUAUAAAUAUGCCGAAUUAUUUAUAUUGCCUUAUUAUGAGGGGCGAUUUUUUUUUCACCCAAUAUUUAUAUUUUUUUCUUUUAGCAAACCUUUUUUUUAAAAAAAAUAAUAAAUUAUAUUUUUUCAUAUAGAGCAAUUAUAUUAUAUUAUGGGAAACCGUAUUUAUCGACAAUUCAUAAAGAAAACUAUACCUAGUGUUGUUAAAUCACCUGACUUUGACCAAUUCUAAAAUGAUUCUGUCAAGUUUUUAUCCUAAAGAUUUAGUUCCAAUAGUUAAGCUUAGGUUUCAACUUAGAGGUUUCAGCCUAAUUUUUAGGCUAAAAACUUGGCUAAGCUUUAUUGGAAUUGGCUAAAGUUAUGCGACAUAACAACAGUAACUAUACCUCAUUAUUACUUGUUUUUAUGUUUCUAAUAAAAUUUUUUAGUCAAUAUUUGUUUAUGAUGUUAAUACCUUGUUUUAUGUCUACGGUGCCCGUGUGUUUUUAUGAUGA